AUGGAAGGUGUGCUAGGCCACUACGACGUUGGUGGAUUCCAUGGCAGCUGUUUCCUAUUGCUUUUUAGUUUGGGAAUCCAGGUGCUCAUCGGCAAAGCCGGAGUGGACCUCGGUAGCUGCUUCCACCCAGUUCUCCUGGCUUGUGCGCAGGCAUGUUUCGAAGCGCUCAUGGCGCUGAUGCUCUGGUUUCCUUUUAGCAUCACCAUGUUCAUGACGGACGAGUCCAGCUAUCUGCCUGGCAUUGCCCUAGGCACCUUGUUUGUCGUGGAUGUGUACCUAUUUUGGCCCGGCCUGGCUCGGACAGCUGCAUGGGGUGCUGACAGGAGGAAGCUUCGAUGCAAAGACCGCCGCCUCGGGCCUUAA